CUACGAGCCGAAACGAGCUGUGCUGUACGUGUAGCGGGCUGGAGCACAUCUCCAUAGAAACUAAGAUUUACACGCUGCGCAGGACAAAAUAAUUGACCUGACAGUUCAAAGCCCCUCGUCUUUUAGGAGAGAGGGCGAUCGGGAACUUUUCAAAGAAAAUGAAUCGGAGUUUUAAUAAAUCGCAGCCCUUGGGGUACCUGAAUUGCACAGCCGUGGAAGUUAAAAGCAAGUAUGGCGCAGAGUUUCGGAGGUUUUCAGUGGACCGUUCCAAACCCGGGAAAUUUGAGGAGUUCUACACUCUUGUCCUGACUGUGCACCGGCUGGCCAACACGGAGGUGAUGAUUGGCUAUGCAGACAUCCAUGGUGACCUGCUUCCGAUCAAUAAUGAUGACAACUUCUGCAAGGCUGUGUCCAGUGCCCACCCCCUUCUGCGAGUCUUCAUACAGAGACAAGAGGAGGUGGACUACAGCGACUUCGGCGCCAACACCCUGGCGCGGCGGAAAAAAGCCGCCGUGCCGCUGCGCAAUGACGCGGCCCGCAAGCGGCCACAGCUCCGCAUCGGCGUGCCGCAGGACUUCCGGCCGGUGUCCUCCAUUAUCGACGUGGACAUCCUGCCCGAGUCCCACCGCCGGGUGCGCCUCUUCCGCCACGGCUCCGACAAGCCCCUGGGCUUCUACAUCCGGGACGGCACCAGUGUGCGGAUCACGCCGUACGGCCUGGAGAAGGUGCCCGGCAUCUUCAUCUCACGCAUGGUGCCGGGGGGCCUGGCGGAGAGCACGGGCCUGCUGGCCAUCAACGACGAGGUGCUGGAGGUCAACGGCAUCGAGGUGACGGGGAAGUCCCUGGACCAGGUGACUGACAUGAUGAUCGCCAACAGCCACAACCUGAUCAUUACGGUCAAGCCGGUGAACCAGCGGAACAACGUUGUGCGUUAUGCGUCGGGCGGCUCGGGCCGGUCCUCGGACAGCUGCGGAUCAGGCGGGCAUCCCUUCCUGGGCGUGGCGCCCCCCGGCCUUGCCGUGGACGAGCUGGAGAGUGACGAGGAGUCCGACAUCGUGAUUGAGAGGAGCCUCAAGCGGCCCUCUCGCCGCUCCAGCGCCUCCUCCGUCUCCCGCGGACAGAAUCAGGCCACCGCCAUGCCUCACUCGCUCCAGCCCAACCCCCUCCGACGGCCCGCCUCCGCCAUCACCGUCUCCGCCUCUGCCGCCUCCUUCCACUCCCAGCCCAGCCUCAAUGGGGCGGGCAAGGGCAGCCUUAAGAAACACAGAGACCCUCCGGUCCUCCAGCCUCACCACAAGAGCAGCCCCGCCCUCAGAGAGAGCGACUGCAGCCUGAACCAGAUCCUCCACACCCUGCGGACAGACCUGCGGCACAGCCUGGCGCUGCCCAGCGGAGGGGUGGAGGAGGAUGGCACUGUCAUUACUCUAUAGCGCGCCACCCUCCCUCCCCCACACCCCCAACACCCUGACAAGCGUCCACAGACUGGUAUGGGAACCUGGGGCAAAAAAAUCACCUCUUUCCUAAAAAAACUCCCCUCAUAACAAUCAUUUUCAAACAAACAUAUAGUGCAGGACUUGUAUAUGUUAGUAUGUUUUACAUUCUAUGAAUUUAUUGGCUUGGUUAAGUAUGUGAAAUUUUAUAAGCGUGGUGCUUAAUGAGAAUUGGAGUAAACCAGGGAUUGGCCACUUUUUGAAUCAAAAUCUGCAUUGUUAUCAUGUGCUGUCUAAUGUGUAAGAUAAUUUCCCAAAUGCUAUGGGGAAGAA